AGAUGGCGCUGCUAUACAUUGAGGAAGUAACUUCAUCAUCAUCUUUACUGUGAUGUUCACAAUUCAACAAUAUUAUUAUGGCAGGGCUACUGAGGAAUAUAAUCGGUAACAAGGAACAGGAACUCCUAGAAGCUGCAAAACACGGAAAAGAAGACGUGGUUGAAAAAUUGGUAUACAAGAAUUUGAAAGGUAGACCGACAACAUCGUUUGUCGGAAUCAGUUGGCCGGUCAGAUCUGCGACCAAUGUAAACUGUGUGGACAGUAAUGGCUAUACUCCACUACACCUGGCCGUCCUCCACGGACACAAGGUCACAGUUGAAAGACUGCUGUCUGCCGAGGCCUUACCCAGUCUACAGGACAACACGGGCUGUACCACACUACAUCUGGCAGCAUGGAAGGGCUAUCCUGAAAUCUGUAAGCUCGUCCUGGCUAACGAGGGAGUCCCUAUCAACAUACAGGACAGUAACGGCGACACUGCGCUCCACUACGCCGCUCAAUACGGAUACGACAGUGUGGUGGAUGUCCUUAUACAGCACAAUGCUGACCCGUCAUUUCGUAACCUGAAGCAGGAAUCUGCCCUUGACCUUGCUGCACAAUACGGCCAUGUGGAGGUGGUCAGUCUCCUGGUGGAGAAAUUCCCUUACUUAUCCCAGCGGCUCAUCCCAAACCGGUCACCUCUGCAUUUGGCCGCAGCGUGUGGCCACAGAAAGAUCGUAGAGAUUCUCUUGGAUGCUGGUUUUGAUAUCAACACAAAGACAGACAAUGGUACUGCCCUCCAUGUUGCUGUGAUGUAUUUCAAACCCGAGAUUGUAUCCGUUCUCCUGGAGAGAGGGACUGACCUGAUGGGUGUGGACAGGAACGGCCACACAGCUCAGGACAUCGCCGCUCAGAUCGGUGGAAGCAAUUCCAAUGUUAGCCUCGUUAUACAACAGUAUAUCCAGAAACUGCAGGACCUACAGAAGGCUAUGGCAGAGGAGGAGGGCCCAUCUCCUGAGGAGGAGGAGGAGCACCCUUCUCCUGAAGAGGAACGCCCGUCCCCUCGCCCCCGGGCACAACCCCGAAACAGCAGUCCCAAGGAGGACCUGUACUCCAAACCCAGCAAGCGUGACCGCUCACAGGACAAGAAGUUGGAGGAACCUCAGAAUGACACUGGAUAUGAACUGGUUGCCCCUCCGAUUCCUCCCCGGUCGCAAUCCUUACUGGAGGAAAUAACCAAACACCUACCAUCCUUUGCUAGCAUAGUGAAUGAUACCCCACCAGCACCCUUUAGUCCCGUACCUCACCAGCCCUUUCCAAUCCCACCAAAAAGUUCUCCACCUGAACGGCUGAAACAGAUGCCUCCUCGUCAGCCAUCAGUCCCUGCUACUUGGGAUGAUAUCCCAGUUCUCCCACCCGCAGCAGCUAAACAGAGACAUAAUUCCGGUGGGGACAGAAAACCUGUCACAAGAGAGCGUCGGACCUCGGAUGGAAACACUCCGUACUAUAACGUAAGCCAGAUAGGUGGUCCUAAGAGGGAUUACAUGAUGAGUCAUGAUGAGCUUCCCCCACCGAGAGCCUGUCCCGGGGAUUCUUCAUCCGUACACGUUUCAGUUGGCUACUUGUCGGCAAGUGGAGAAAAUCUGUCAUCAUCCUUGAAGAUACCGAAGAAGACACCUCCGCAGAAGCCAAAAAGAUCAAAACCACCGGCGUCCUGUAGUCCAGGUUCUAGGCGUAGUCCUCAAGGUCAACAGAACAGAUCACCAGUUCCUCCUAGACGUGACAGUCCUCCCCUUCCAGACCAUGAGGGACCUAUCAUGGAUUAUCUCCCCUUAAAGAAACCACUGGACUACAUGACAAUGUCUGAUGCUAAGAAAGAACUGACAGAAGACUAUAUGAGAAUGAGUGAUGCUAAGAAUGAACCGACGGAGGACUAUAUGAAAAUGAGUGACGCUAAGAAGGAACCAAUGGAGGACUAUAUGAAAAUGAGUGACGCUAAGAAGGAACCAAUGGAGGACUACAUGAAAAUGACUGAAGUUAAAAAAGGACCGUCAAAGGAUAGGAUGAAAACGUCUGAAACCUGUACUGAGAAAGAACCUACUGAGGAUUACAUGAACGUGUCAGAUGUUAGCAAAACAGAAGACCACAUUGCUGUCAACAGAAUGGGCUAUAUGAAAAUGAAUGAAGUAAAGGCAAGUGAAAAGACAGACUAUGUGAGAAUGAGUGAUGUGAAAGAAGACGAAAAUGACACAUACAAAGAUAUGUACAAGAUCCUCAAUCUGAAUAGGGACAGAGUUUUGUCAUCAAAAUCAAACAGUUCUCACAAUACAGAAACCAAACAGGACGCUAAUGUUAGUUCAUCGUCUUCAUUGUCUACAUCCUCCGAUGAUUUGUUGUCAAGUGAUUCUGGUGAGUUGUAUAUCAACCGUCCUUCAGCGUUGGACGAGGAUGUGUUCACAAGUAACCAAGAACAUGGUGAUAAAGUUGUGCAUUCCAUAGUUACGGAGAAAACGGUACUUGAUAACAUUCCGGACAUCCCCCUCCCUCGUAGACCGACUGUUAAGCAAACAAAGACUUCCAAGGAAGAGCCACCAGUCUUACCAGUAAAAAUUCGCUCCUCACAACGGCAAAGCUCCCAAAAAGACCCCAGUUCAUGUCCUGGAAAAAAACGGAGGAGUCGUUACGAUAAUGUUCAGUGUGAGGAAGCAGUUGUGCCAAUUCAAACAGGGGGUAAGGGAGACGACUCUAGCUGUGAUAAAAGUUUCUGUGAUAAAAACAAAGAUAGUGUUGUGAUAGAAAAGACUUUAGAUAACAUAGGGGAAUCGAGGCUUUCCGAGGCUUUGUUACCGGAUAGCAAACGUUUGUCAAACGGUGUUCAUCAUGUUGUCGAUCAACAUUCAAUCAAACAUUUGGGUGAAGGAAAGCUGGCUAAACCUCCAUCUCUGGAAUUUGAGAAGAAGAGGUUGCAUCGAGAGGAGAUACCCCUCACUCCCACAGGCUACCCACAGCCAGCCACACCCGACUUCCCACCCCCCUCACCCAACACAGCCAUGCAGGGUAUACAGGAGAAGAUGGCGGGCAUUGACAGUAAGAGAUCUUCCCGGGAUAUGGAGACUAUUACAGAGACAGUGUACCUCCGAGAUCCGUCUGAAAAAUCAUCCUCCGCAGUAAACAUUCCGAAAGUUGAUAACAUUUCUGGUGCAAAUGACAUUCCAUUUGCGGAUGACGCUUUGUCGAUUACCUCCUCCGGUGGCGAUCUCUAUGUUAAGAAAGCAGCUGUCGACGAAGGUUUACCGAGCGGCCCGUCAGGUGACCAAGCCGAUUUUCAUGCCUCGCCAGUGGUGAUGAGACGAAGCAGAAAUUUACAUGCCAAUAUCCAACCACCAGAGGGUGCUGCAGAAAUGAGACGCAGUACAGGAAGUGCCAGCAGCAGUAGCCAAGAGGAUCUGAUGCGGGAAGACGAGCUUGGGCCACUCGCAGCUGCUCUUGGCACUGGGACAUCUUCUGCCGUUUGUCUUCUUAGAGGAUCGGUAGUCGGUCGGCCUCGUCGGGUUGUGUCACAAAUCUGGGACAAUGUCAAACACCGAAAGUACUUACGUGCUAAGAAGAGGCAGUCACUCCCAACUACAGGAUUAAUCCCCUUUGACCCUCUCAUGGAGAAAGAAGAAGACUUGGACAAAAAGAUGAUUGAUAGUAUCUCAGCCACGCGGGUAUCCAUGACUACGGGCACGGAAACAGAUGCCAACCACUUCGAUGACACCGCCGAUUGGGCCCAGAUACAGAUUACCCUAGACUCGGUAGGGGUGGGAAUGGCCCGAGAGUCGGUCUUUGUGAAGGAAUACUUGAACACUUUUACUGAACACCUCACCUCGCAAGGAACCUCAAAAGUGAAAUGUCUUGGAGAUUGGCUAGAAGACCUAAAUCUUGAUCAAUAUGAAAAUACGCUAGUUCCAAAUGGUUACGACAACAUAGAUUUUCUGGGUGGUAAACUGUUAGAAGACCAAGAUUUAGAACACAUAGGAAUUAAAAACAGUGAACACAGAAAACAGAUUCUUGAUGCAGCACGUCUACUACCGGAAAUCAAACCCAUAGAUCCUGACAACCCUCCUGCCACAGUGGAAGAAUGGCUGAAAAGUUUGAGUUUAAUGACAUAUAUCGACUCCUUCAAGUCUCACAAUAAGGACUCAAUGGAGCGAGUCUUACAACUCUGGGAGGUCGAGCUACAGACUGUGUUAGACAUAUCAGCCAUCGGUCACCGCAAGCGGAUUCUGGCAUCACUAGGGGAACGCCAGGCACCUGAAAGGCAGUAUCCAUCUUUGAAGAAGCGGUUAGAUACACAACCGUCUGAUUCAGAGUCAUCUAGUCAUCGGUUUAAUGUAAACCUGUACAAGGAUUACACAGGCGUCAAGCCUCUCACUUCCUCAGAAGAGGACGUCAAAGAGUCUUCCCAGAGUGCAUUUCCUCCUGUUGAUAGUAGCGAGGAUGAAGAAGUCUUCCGUUCGGAAAACAAGGGUGUGAGUAUAAGGGAUGACAGCAUACACCUACGACCGCCCCACCAGGCCACCAUCACCAGUCCCAUCAAAGAAUGGCGCCAUCCCCCAGUCAUGCUCAUCAAGGGCUACUGUAAUUACAUGGCACAGUACUUGGGAUCUACAUUGGUAAAGGAGCUGUCUGGCCCCAACUCUACGAUAGAGGGCAUAUCCAAACUCAAGCAAAAAUUUCGAAGAAAACUUCAGAAAUCUGCCGAUGUCAUUGCAAAAAUUCCUACCAUCAAAUUGGCUAUCUCCUUCCGAGGUGUCAAGUUUAUAGAUGCAAAGUCUGAGAGAGUGAUAUGUGAUCACGAGAUUGGGAAUAUUUUCUGCGCUUGCCAGGAUGCGGACAGUAUGAACUUCUUUGCUUACAUUACCCGGGACAACGAGAACCACUACUGCCAUGUCUUCAGUGUCAAGGAUGCUAGUCUUGCCCGUGAAAUCAUCCUGACCUUGGGAGAAGCGUUUGAGGUUGCCUACCAGAUGGCGCUAAAGGAAAAGGCACAAGCAGGCGCACUUGAGUUUGAUCGGCAGAUGAGCCAGAGCGACGUGGAGCCGGACUCUAUCAGCAUCUCGUCCAAAGCUUCCAUCAGCACUGUCUGAAAACAGGGUAUGGAUGUCGGCAGUGCAAUAAUAAAAUAAUAAUAUUCUACGAUGGAUGGCCAGACGAUUCCUGCAAGUGUCCAUUAGCAACAGAGAUCGGUCACUCGGUAUCCUGAAAUCUACUGACCAUUGUCCUCAUGUGCUGACUACAGUUCGGUCAUCUGUCUGUCAAGGUGACCUAUCACUGGGUUAACCAUAUCUGCCACCUCUCUUGUGAUCACCUGAACGUGACCUAGUCUUGUUACGGAAUGUUGUACACUUAACCUGUCUAUAUAAUUUGGACUGACAGAAUCAAUUGGAAAAGAUGGAAAUCCUAAUAAGUUUUGUCCACUCGCGUACAGACAGAGGUUGAAAUGUUAGAGACAGAAAAUGGUUGUUAGGUGAAACUGAUGUAAAAUUUUGGAUGUAAAUGAUUUUAUAUCGUAGAGGAUGAUCCUGUGCUAAAACUUUCAGUACUGAAAACAUUGCCAUCUUGUGAUAUUUGCUUUUUAAUGAUUCCAUAUAACAUUUAUCUAGUGACAUCUUAAUUGUACAAAUCAAGGAAGGUUGACCACAGCAAAAUGACCACCUGUGCCAUAUUAUAAAGUUAAGUUCAUUUAUAGGGACAAGCUGCUGGAUGUUUUAUGAUUUUGAUGGUCAGAUAAUACAAUUUUGGUCAUCAGCUGACCAUGGUAUGCUUGGACAUAAAACAGGUUUGGAUGCUGACAUCAGCUGACCAUAGUAUGGUUGGACAUAGAAAAGACCACCCUAUGUGUGUAGUGUUCGAGAAUAUUGUAUCAGUAAUAAAUAUCUUUCAACUGUGACCGUGGAAAGUGUGAAACUGGGUUCUAGGAAGAUUGGAAUGACUUUUCCAUUCCAGAAACAUGGACAGCCUUUCAAUGUGGGUCAAAGAAUAUGGAAAGAUUUAUGUUGGCUUCAAGAAAGAUGAGAAGUCUGUGAUUUAAUGCUGUAAAGAGGAUGCAAUUCCAAGGAUAUGCCGCAACGAUGGCACUGGAAAAUUGUAAUUUAGAGAACCAAGCUCGUGAAAAAUGAAAUGUCAGAGUCUGUGUCAAAGAAAAAUGGAAAGUCAGAGACUGGGUGAUAGAAAGUUUGGGCUCCUUGAAAUGAAAACGUGUUUAGGAAGAUGAAGAGUCUGUGACUUUUAUCAAAAUUGUGAAGUGUUUUGUGGUCUUUGGCUUGGUGUUAUAUUCCUGCUGAGAACUUCACUGAAAACAUUAAAGGCAGAGACUGACCACCAUAUGAAAGAGAAAACUAUAGAUCAAGGUCACAUAGUGAUUUUGGAGAUAUAAUUGUCAAGGUCACUAAUUUAUGAUGACAAUUAUUGAAGGUCAAACCUACUUAUAAAGUGAAAGAGUAAUUCUGGAGUCACAUAUAAUUGUGUAUUUGAUGAGAAAAUGAGAUUUAAAUGUCAAGGUCACAUUUUUGUUAUGUAAAUAGAUCAGUACCAUGUUUUGUAACCAUGGCAACAUGCAGUGACCUUGACCUUGAAGGAAAUAAUAUCUUGGUGGCUAGCUUAAGAAUUCCACUGUGGUGUCCUACAAUCUGCUGUACAAAUAAUACAAUGUAGAUUAUAAGAAUGUGCUGUUUGGACCAUUUUGUCAUAUCAUGAGUUCUUUCCCUUGUAUUGCAUAUCGCGAAUUAAUGUCAUCACCUACAUCAGCUUAUGCUGUGCUAAAAUUUCUUAUCUGCUGUUUGAUUUAUUUGAUACUUAUAUGAAGUUGAGAAUGUUAACUCUGUCACCCCCACAUUUUUGAAAUGGACUUGCCCUACCCUUGAUUUGGUAUUAGGUUUAAAUGUGACUUUAGGGGAAUGGGUUUAGGCUUGUAUCAGCUAGAAGGUCACCUGGUUUUAUUCACAGAUCAUAGGUUAGAAGAUUUCUUUUUUUCUACAGUUAAUGAACCUUCUGUCUCUUUUCCAAGGUCUACCUCUAAUGUGUUUAUUUUAAUUCACAGGAUCUGAAUGUAUAAGACUAUAAAUAUGGGUCAAUUCAGUAUGAUAAAAGAACAUUUAUAUUGUCAAGCUUGCCUCCCUAGAUGCCAUUGUAUGGUCAUUUGUACUGGGGGCCUCUCUGCAGUAACCUUAAACCGCAUUUUAUAUUCGCUAGAACUAGUAAGAAAUAUGAGUAAAGAAGUAACUAUCACAAAUUAAGAAGUCAAUGCGGAAAGCCAAACAAAGUAAAUAUUUUUUCUGCAUCAUGUGACCUGCAUCAUGUGACCGUUUGGUCCCUAUAGGACUCAUCAGUGGUGCCUAAGGUUAAAUGCAUGAACAAUCAUGUCUGCAGUUCUAAGGUGUAGCACAUCAAUACAUUGGCUAUUAAGGUGCCUCACAUAAUCUCUUUCAAGAUUACCUUGUAUAGCAAAUAUCUUUUUUGAAAACCAUUAAUAGAGAGAUGUGGCUUUCAUUCACAGGAGACACUGCGCCUUGUGUAAACAAACUGAGACAAUGAUACCAGAGUAGUGAUGAAUAGGUUUGAUUAUGCCUGCAUUCUACCUCUCAAUUUACCCACUUAAGUUGUUUUAGUUUCUCUGUGCAUGUUUUCCCAGCUCUGACAAGAUUUCAGAAUUUUUGUUUUAAAAUACAAUAGUAUAUUUAUAAAUAUAUGAAAGGUUACAUGUAAUUUUUUAGUGGGAUAAGAAUAAAAAAGGAAAAACAAGAAUCAUUCUAGAAUGAUGACGAAAUACUUGUGGCAUAAUGUUCAUAAAAUGAUUAAUAUUACUUGGUUUUUUUUGCCAGGUUGUUGAGAAUAAAUUAACUCUGUAAUUUAAAAAAUUAUGUAGAUGAAAAUAUCAACUUAAUUCAAAAGAACUAUAUGACAAGCAAAAUCUGUAUAAAAUAUUGAGAGGGGGUACAAACGGACCGCAGACAGUCAUCUGGGAGGUCAUGUAAGGGUUACACGGUUCAGAAAAAAUUUAGUUUUUUUUACGAUUGUCUAUGUUUAUUUUUGUUCCGAUUAUCAAUGAUUGUCGGUGAGGUUUGAAGAUUUAUUCGAGUGAAUAGAGAUUUCAUAAAUAUUGCCAAAUUUGUCCACUAUGGUAUACCCACGCUGUUGAAGACACCUUACGUUCCAUAAAAAUCCGAUUUUAAUUGUGAUUCUGUAAAUCUGACAUUUUCUGCUACCUCUAUAUAAAUGGCUCUGUACUUAAAGCCAUAGUCCCUCUAUGUUACAUCGAGUUAAAUAAACCGUAUGAUGUUCACUUUCAACUUUCAACAUAUCCUUUGAUAAAUAAUAACAAAUUUAUUAAUUUCUUGAUUGAAGAAUAAUAAGAAAAAUGGAAAGAAAUUAAUUAUUACCAAAGAAUGUGAAAAUUUACGAAAAGACUUAAUGUUUGUUGGGGCUAGUGCUUAAUAACGAGCUUAUUAUGAUAGGCCUAAUGCAUUUCGCACAUAUUCUGAGUUAGCACAAUGCACGGCUUCAACAUUUUGUUAAUAAAAUCGAAUUAUUCCCAGAAAAGGCCCAUCGCAAAAGUUGUAUAAUAUAUUGUGUAAUAUUAUAAAAAAAAUGUGUGUCAGAUAAAAAUAUACGAAAAUAUUGGUUUCGCUUUGCAUUAACUGGAGUUUUGAAAAUGUUGUUUCAAAGCUUAAUGACACCGUCACUUGUCACCAUUUGUUGCAGAAUUUUACCUUAUUCUCUGUUUUUACUCGCAUUUCUAGUAUGUUUUCUACUUCAGUCACAUCAAAUUGUAUAUAUGAAUGAAAAUAAUGUAUACAUACUUGAGACUUAAGAUCCAUAUUAAUAGCAAUUCUGUGAAGAAAGAGAAAAACUCUAAUACAAACAGUCAUGUAGAUAUAAUAAUGUAAAUAAACUGUAUAUAUAUAUACAUAUAGAUUUAUAAAAAAAAUAUUGUAAGAUAUGUACACAACUAUUGCUUUUGAUGAAAAAUUCUCACCAGGGUGAUGACUAUUGAUCAGUGUGGCUUCCUUAGAAUAAGUACAGUGUGAUACAGAAACAACCCCCCCACCUUCCCGUAAUCCAAUUCCCCGAAAUCCCCACACCUCUUGAAACAUCACCGAAAUUCAGCAAUCAUGUCUGCACUUGCCUGUUAAUUAACGAAAUGUUGAUUAUGCAUGUUUAUAUUUUGUUAAGAACUGUGUCUACGAAAGAAAAUUAUUCAGAAAUAUGAUGAUUUUGUUUUUUUAACAAUAUUAGAUUGAAUAAAAGUACUUGAGAUUAUGAAACAUUUCCUUUUCAAGGAAACUCUAAAAUUUUACUAAAGCUAUGUUACAACUUUUGAUUUAACAAGCUUAAUUAAGCCUGUACAUUAAUUUUCUAUCUUUUAAUACUUAUUAAACAUAUUUAAAAGUAUAAUUAAAAUUUUAAAUCUAUUUAUACCCAUUUCUUAAUAGAGAUUUAUUUUUUGCUUUAAAUUAAGAUAUUGCACCCGUACAUCUGUAGUGUACAUAUUAUUCCUUCUUUAACAACUUUAGGGAUUAUGUCAAUGAAGGAAAGAGUAUAACAUGAAAAUAAUGAAAGAAUAAACUGCUUAUUUGAAUAUAAUAACUUAAUUGGUUUAUGCUUUCCACAAUUUGCAUGUUAUAUUGCAUCUGACUUCCUUGUUGGUAAUUCAAUUUUUAGGAAAUCAUUUUUUUUUUCUUUAUUCAAAAUUUAAGUCAUGCAAGAAACAUACAUGCAACAUAUUCUUAAUUAAUCUUCCAUUCUUACAUAGCUCCCAGACAUAUUUUAUCAGUGCACACUUUUUAAAAAUCUAAACAUUGCGUUCUCCGAAAAGGUUGACACGAUUCGAGCAAUUCGUAAAGAUUGCCAGUCUACUUACGAUUUUGUCGGGUGGCGAUGAUAUUUUUAAUGCUUUGUGUUUGUAACCCGUUACAUAUGUUCCCCUUCGUUUUUUGUUUUUUUUGACAAUUUGUUCAUUAUGGUGCUUUACAUAACGUUCAAUUUUUACUUUCGUUAGUAAAAAUCAGUUUGGAACAUUUUAAGCUAAUGCUUCAUUUGCAAACAUUCCGUACAGAAUAUCAUUUUAUUUACCAUUAGUCAGAUACAUUUAUAUAUGUUCUUAUAGAGAUAUAUGUUGUUAACGUAAGGCUAAAGAAAAAAUCGAUUGAUCUAGCAACCGAUAGAAAUUAGGUAUUUUAGGUAAUUCGACUGAUCUAGCAUUACCCGUUUUCUUUUUCGCUUUUACUUUUAUUAAACGGAACGAGUUAGCGGAUUAGACGUCUUUGAUUGAACCAAAGUAUUUACACAUUUGUUUUACACUUACGAUGCAUUGUUUUAACCAUCAUUCACACUGCUAUUUGUCAACAGAAAAAAAUUGCAUAAUUCUGUAAUUUAACUAAAGUUAAUUAUUUCACUUCAGUAUUUCUAUUUGUCUUUUGCAUUUUUUUAAUUAUCAAAAAUAAAUGUGAUUUUCUUUGCCAUGAUUUAUUAAAUUAAGGAUUAUUAUUGAAAAGAAAUUUAUUUGUGCUUGAUGAAUGUGUUUUAAACAUGAUAAAUUUGAUUUCAGAAGGACAGUUAAUUUUCGAUUGUUUAUUUUUAACUCAACAAUAGACCAAAGUCUUCUUCCGAUAUUAGUAUUCACUGUACCUGUGGCCCAAUGCUGUGGAUCAGUAUUGUACAGGUGUUACCCUUUACCUCUAUCCUAUGUAAAUGUUAAUGAUAUGCAAUAAAAUUUAACAGGUGUUAACUCAUUA